CUUCUUCUUCUUCUUCUUCUUCAUUUUCUUCAUCCUCUUCUCCAAUGGCUGUCGAUUCUUCUCUCUCUUCACCUCUUGGUCCUCCUGCCUGCGAAAAAGACGCAAAGGCUCUUCAAUUCAUCGAACAAAUGACUCGAAACGCCGACGCCGUCCAGCGCACCGUCCUCGCCGAAAUCUUGACUAGAAACGCCUCCACAGAGUACCUCCGCCGUUACUUCCUUGCCGGCGCUACAGAUCCUAACACCUUCAAAGACAAGCUUCCUGUAAUCACUUACGAGGAUCUCCAGCCCGAAAUCCAACGGAUUGCUAGUGGAGAUCGCUCUCCUAUCCUCUCCUCCCAUCCUAUAUCCGAGUUCCUCACCAGUUCUGGUACUUCUGCCGGUGAGAGGAAGCUUAUGCCGACGAUUAAGGAGGAACUGGAUCGUCGUCAACUUCUGUACAGUCUUCUCAUGCCAGUUAUGAACCUCUAUGUGCCUGGGUUGGAUAAAGGCAAGGGGCUUUACUUCUUGUUUGUGAAAUCGGAGACGAGGACUCCGGGUGGGCUCUUGGCCCGACCCGUUUUAACCAGUUACUAUAAGAGCGAACACUUCAAGACCCGACCCUACGACCCGUAUAUGGUCUAUACGAGCCCUAAUGAAGCCAUCCUCUGCCCCGAUUCCUUCCAGAGCAUGUAUACGCAGAUGCUCUGCGGCCUUCUCGAACGCCACCAAGUCCUCCGCCUCGGCGCCGUCUUCGCCUCCGGCCUACUCCGCGCGAUCCGGUUCCUACAGUUGAACUGGUCCGAUCUUGCCAACGAUAUCCGGACUGGAAAAUUGAGUUCGAAGAUCACCGAUCCGUCGUUGAGAGAUUGCAUCGAGAAGAUCCUGAAACCAGAUGAGGAAUCGGCGGAUUUCAUUUCGGAGGAAUGUUCGAAGGAGAAUUGGGAGGGAAUCGUCACGAGGAUUUGGCCGAAAACGAAAUACCUAGACGUGAUCGUCACUGGAGCGAUGGCGCAAUACAUUCCAACGCUCGAUUACUACAGCGGCGGAUUGCCUCUGGCGUGCACGAUGUACGCCUCAUCCGAAUGUUAUUUCGGACUGAAUCUGAACCCUAUGUGCAAGCCAUCAGAGGUUUCCUACACAAUAAUGCCAAACAUGGCCUAUUUCGAGUUCCUCCCUCACGAGCCAAAUUCCGGAAGCGAUUCAGCGCCGAAACUCGUCGACCUAGUCGACGUAGAGGUCGGAAAAGAAUACGAACUCGUAAUCACUACAUACGCCGGACUAUACCGUUACCGAGUCGGCGACAUACUCCGAGUAACCGGAUUCCACAACGCAGCGCCGCAGUUCCACUUCGUGAGGAGGAAAAACGUGGUACUGAGCAUCGACUCAGACAAAACAGACGAAGCAGAGUUGCAGAAAGCUGUGGAGAACGCAUCAAAGCUCCUGAAGGAAGUUAAAACAAGCGUAGUGGAGUACACAAGUUACGCCGAUACAACGACAAUUCCAGGGCACUACGUGAUAUACUGGGAACUAAUGGUGAAAGAAACAGAAGGGAAAUGGCCAAGCAAGGAGACGAUGGAACAGUGCUGCUUGGCAAUGGAAGAAUCACUAAACUCCGUUUACCGGCAAGGACGAGUCGCAGACAAUUCAAUCGGAGCUUUAGAAAUCAGAGUGGUGAAGAGCGGAACAUUCGAAGAAUUGAUGGAUUACGCUAUCUCCCGAGGAGCGUCCAUCAACCAGUACAAGGUGCCAAGGUGCGUGAAUUUUACUCCCAUAAUGGAACUUCUCGACUCUAGAGUAGUAUCGGCGCAUUUUAGUCCCGCUCUGCCACGUUGGACUCCAGCUAGGAGACGCUGAUUUAUUAAUUUAAUUUUGUUUUAAAUUAAUUAAUUUGAGAAAGAAAAUGUAAGUUGGAAGAAUUUAGGAUGCAUUAGAAGUCUGUAUUGUAUUUGGUUCUCAUAACUAAAUGAAAAAUCACAUUUAUUUACUUUAAAUGAAAA